ACAGAAAAAAAUAACGAGAACAAGAAAAGUUUAGAUUUAGAAUAGAAGAAGAAAAGGAAGUAGCAGAGGGUCCUGUUUCCUCCAUCUCCCAACCCAUUGAAACGUAACUCUCAGACCCUCCCUCCUCUUCUCUCCUUCAUUCAUUUCUCCAAAAACCUAACCUUUCACCCCAUCAAAACCAAUUCCACUCACCCCAACCAAAACCCCAAAAGCUAUCACAGAAACCGAAAUUAAUCACCAACAGAUCCAUUACUCUCUUCACCAUAAAACCCUACUCUGUCCCUUUCUUCGCUCUGCACCCUCGUGAUCCGUUUCGAUUUCAAUGUCCGUCAUGAAAUUGAUCUCGUGUUUGUUUCUAUGCACGCUUUCUGUUUGUUGUAAUGCUUCUUCACAUCGUUCGAUCCUUCGUGAGGUUAGCGAUAUUGAUCGAAGUGGAACUGAUCGGGAUUAUGCCGUGGAGCUUAAUGCCACUAGUUUUGAUGCUGUUUUGAAGGAUACUCCUGCUACCUUCGCCAUUGUUGAAUUCUUUGCACAUUGGUGUCCUGCUUGCAGGAAUUAUAAGCCUCAGUACGAAAAGGUUGCAAGGUUAUUUAAUGGACCUGAUGCAGUGCAUCCUGGAAUCAUAUUAUUGACAAGGGUGGAUUGUGCAGAAAAGAUAAAUACUAAGCUCUGUGAUAAGUUUUCUGUUGGUCAUUAUCCUAUGCUCUUUUGGGGCGCUCCUCCUAAAUUUGUAGGUGGUAGUUGGGAACCAAAACAAAAGAAUAGUGAUAUACAGGUGAUUGAUAAUGCACGCACAGCUGAUCAAUUGCUUACUUGGAUCAACAAACAAACGUCCAGUUCGUUUGGUCUGGAUGAUCAGAAGUUUCAAAACGAGCAUCUUUCAUCUAAUGUAUCAGACCCCCAACAGAUUGCAAGAGGUAUCUAUGAUGUUGAAGAGGCAACUUCAUUAGCUUUUGACAUCAUCUUGGAGAACAAGAUGAUAAAACCAGAAACUCGGGGUUCACUUUUAAAGUUUCUCCAACUUUUAACCGCUCAUCAUCCUUCUAGGAGAUGCCGGAAGGGCGCUGGAGACUUGCUUGUGAGCUUUGAUGACUUAUACCCAACAGAAUCUUGGUCAUCUCAUAAACAAGAAGAUGAUAAGAGUUUGGUUAAGAACUUUCAGAUUUGCGGAAAAGAAGUGCCACGUGGAUACUGGAUGUUCUGUCGUGGUAGUAAGAAUGAAACCAGAGGCUUUAGCUGUGGCUUAUGGGUUCUUCUACAUUCACUCUCUGUAAGGAUCGAGGAUGGAGAGAGUCAGUUUACAUUUACUACAAUCUGUGAUUUUGUUCACAACUUCUUUGUCUGCGAGGAAUGCCGACAACAUUUUUACAAGAUGUGUUCAAGUGUUUCUAGUCCUUUCAACAAAGCCCGUGACUUUGCACUCUGGUUGUGGAGUUCCCAUAACAAGGUUAACGAAAGGCUGAGGAAAGAAGAAGCUUCUCUAGGUACCGGCGAUCCCAAAUUCCCAAAGACAGUUUGGCCUCCAAAGCAGCUUUGCUCUUCCUGUUACCUUGACCAUGACCAAACAAGCAACAAAAUUGAAUGGAACCAGGAUGAAGUCUACAACGCUCUGAGAAAUUAUUAUGGUAAAACACUUGUUUCUCUGUACAAGGAGAAGGGUAUUGCUGGAACCGAAGGAGCUGAAGGAGCCGCCCUAGAAGAUUUAACAGUCGGGACAAAUGCAGUUGUGGUGCCGGUUGGAGCUGCUUUGGCAAUUGCUGUUGCUAGCUGUGCCUUUGGAGCACUCGCAUGCUACUGGCGUUCACAGCAAAAGAGUCGGAAGUAUUUCCAUCACCUACACUCUUUAAAGAACAUAUGAUUAUUAGGAGGGCCAAGGAGAACAUGGAAUUAGGAAUAGCAGAACACAUAUACAGAAAAAGCAUAUGCAUAGAAGCUUUUGUAGACAUCCAUUUUGAAUUUAUUGUCUUGUUGCAAAGAUUUUGUUAAGUUACUUGAUGAAUGUAUUAUACUUUCUUGAUAGAAUGUACAGAAUGUGUAACAUUUUUGCUUUGUAUUAUUGGAUUUCACUUUAUAUCA